CUUACACUUAACAGGUUGUGAUGGGUGCGUGUAAUGACCGAUAAAGCCUGAAAACUUGAAAGUUUAGCUAUAGAGAGGAGUAGGAAAAUGAGCGAAGAAGUAGAGGAGAAUGGACCUGUUUUCCUAUCAUUCAACAACCUUGGCGUAAAGAUUAGUAAUCGUGAAGUUCUCCAAAAUGUGAGCGGGAAGAUUCGGCCAGGGGAAAUGUUGGCUGUGAUGGGCCCCAGUGGUAAGUGGUGACAACCUUUUAUACGAGUUGAGUUAAGCGUCGUGAAAAUAACAAGUAUGUAUACAUCGACCUAAGGCUGCUUAUGUAUGUGACUCGUGAUCGAGUGCAUCGGAACCAGUAGGUUUUACUAUUAUAACUAUUUUUCCAUUCGAUCAUGAGUCGGCAGUUUACAAUGAUGUGAGCUAGUUUUUCUCCUGUAUUUUUCUUGUUUUUAGUAAGGCUCAUUAUAAAGUAGAAGUAAAUACUCUUGGAAUUUACGACUCGAGGUUGAGAAGAAAGUCGAUUUUCCUGCUUUUGAGGAGCGCGUUACUUGACUAGACUUAGAUUGGAGCGUGUCGAGCGUGUUAUGUAAUACGGAACGAGGAGAUAUUAUCUCAUAACUGAGUAAAUUAUGUGUUUAUCAAUGUAAAGUCCUGGGGUCGACUCGGGGUCAUAGCUUAGCACUACCUUACCACUGGAAUUUGACUCCAGAUGGUAUCUUUCGUCACUCAUGUGCUGUCCUUGUGUCGAAAAUUUCACAUGGCCACCAUUUUGAAAGGCAAAAAAAAUCAGGAAUGACUCAAUCGCUAUCUAGAGGCUACAACUCAGUCUAGGAGCGAAAUGCAUUAGACAAUUUUUCUUCCAUGGAGGACAGAUCAAGAGAAUUUUACCUUAUCUCUUUAAAGAGAUGGUGGAAGGUUUGAGAAUAUUUUGAUUUUGGACUUUAGGCAACACGAAUAUGUUGAUUGAAGUGCAUGACCUCAGUUCGUUUAAGUUUGUGUUGGGUCCAAAAUUUAAUAUCUCUAGAUUUUGAUCACUUUUGCAAAAGCUGGGACUCUGCACCCGCUGAUUAAACAUUCCUGUCUAUUUAUUCCUCUAUCUUUUCUACAAAAAUUCAACUUAAUCCAGUGGCUGGCCUAAAAGAGUGUUUGGUCCUUGAACUAAUAAUUCAUCCCCUUUGACCCUCUUAGUGGAAGGGGCAUAAGCCAGACUGCAAAUUCUCAAACUUAUCAUCUUGUUCUAUAUUUACUUGGGCAGGUUCUGGCAAAACAACACUGCUGAACACUCUAGCUGGAAGAUUGUCUCCUGAUGACGGUGAAAUUCUUCUUAAUGGGACUAAGCUUAACCGGAAACUCAAAAGGAAAAUUUGUUAUGUCUUACAAGAUGAUAUUUUCUUUGCAAACCUCACCCUGCGAGAUACUCUAACAGUAAGAAUAAUUUAGACAACCUUUUUUUUUCUAUGUGUAGAUACUGAGCCCAUGAAGUUACCCUUUUUUGAUGAAUUUGGAUGUUUUGCAACUAUGUUGUUGAUAAAAUUAAUUUAAUUUGUUAUUUUUUCUCAGUUUUCUGCAAUGCUCCGUCUACCAGAUACCAUGUCAAAGGUGCAAAAACUGAAUAAGGUAUAUUACUUCAACUAGAUUUAAGCACAGGGUUAAAUUCUUCAUCUUUACUCUGCCACAUAUUCUUUUUUUGGGUAGAUAUUGGGAGGUCUUUGGGUGUGCAUAAGGAAUGUAGCUUACCAUGUACAUGUCCUCUCAAAUGAUCUGUGAUAGGUUUUAUUUCUUAGUUUCAAUGACCCUUUUUAUGUAUUUAAACCUCUUCUAAAUUGCAGGUGGAAGAAAUAGUUGACAACUUAGAUGUCAGAAAGUGUUUGGAUACAAGUAAGAAAAUGUUACCUGUUUUGAUGUUGAUCUUAAAUGCACUGUUGGUUUCCAACAAAAAGCUUCAUGAAGCAUUUAAACUAUAUAUGUCUGGACUCCAGUCUUUUACUUUGGUUUAAACUAUUUCAGAGAUUGGAAGCCCUUUUGAAAGAGGACUCUCUGGAGGUAUGCAACAUUUGAAAUGUUUCCCAGUAUUACCUGUGUGUACACUUAGUAAGCAAUUCAGCUGAAAUACAGAUAGUGGAAAUCUUCAGAACUGUGUAAUUCAUUUUAGUCUGGGUGAGACUUGUCCCUUGGAUGUGCAAACAUAUCGGCAGGUUCCACAUGUUUGCUGACUUUCCCAAUUAGGUCAAAAUUUAGGUCUCUUGAGCAAGGAAUUAAUUUCAUUUAUUAUAUGUUAAGUACCCAAAAUGCAGUAACGUAAAAUUUCUUAUUCACAAACAGAAGACCAUGCAAUUGUAUAGUUGUUUGUUUUGCUAAACUGUGAAGAAAUGGCAUUGAAAGAACUGAGAAACCAAGCUAAUUAAUUUAUUCAAUAAAAUUUAUUCAAUCUGUAGAAGAAUGACACUUGAAGGUCUAGAGUAGCACAUACAUUCCUAUGGUUUAUCAAUUUCAGUUCAUUUUAUGGUCCAUAGUGCAGCUACAGGAAGUAAUAUUUUAUUUUUAGGGAGCAUAUGAAGUUAUAAUUUUUUUCACAAUGACAGUUUUUCACCUAGUAUUUACACAUAGUCAAGAUUUCCAAAUCGUCAUAUUCCUUACUACCUUCCAGGUGAGAAAAAGAGAGCAAACAUUGGCUGUGAGCUCAUAACAAAUCCUUCCUUGGUUUUUCUUGAUGUGAGUUUUUCUUUUUUUUAAUAUACCUUUAUCAUGCAGCGCCAUCUUGGAUUGCAUGGCUCACCAAAUCAAGGCAUAAGGUAUAGGGUUUCACAUUACAGUGUUUUGAGUGAAGAUUACAAGCAAGCAUGACCCAUGAUCAUUGCUGCAUUAAUAUCCUGCAAAUGAUUUAUUGAGAUCAAAAUGGGUUGCAGCUACAGGGCGAGAUGAAGGGCUGGAUUUCAGGGUAAGAGUUGCAUUGUGACAAGUGAGCUGUUAAAAGCACAUCAUAUCAGCAAUCCACUUUCCCUUUCUAGUGAAGACUCAGCCCGCAGCUCUUUUAUGACUAUUGAACCAGAUUGAACCGACAAAGUUGAAGAAAGAUUAAUUCUCACCACUUUUAUUUCGUUUGUUGUUAUUACAGAAAUUAAUGCAGCAAUGAUUGUAGGCCAAGCUUGCUGUAAUCUUCACUCAAAACACUGUAAUGUAACACAACCCUAUACCUUAUGCCUGUCCAGCCUUGAUUUGGUGCGCCAUGCAAUCCAAAAUGGCACUGUGUGAUAAAGGUGUAUUUUCUUACAAUUUUGAUGAAAUGUUUUCACAAAAAAGAGAUUGAUUUCUAAUUCAAGAUAGGAAAUUCUUAUUUUUAUUUUGCCAGGAACCAACUUCUGGGUUAGACUCUAGCAAUGCCUUGAACCUUGUUAAGACUCUGAAGAGCUUUGCAGCCAGAGAAAAAAAGACAGUGGUAACCACCAUUCACCAGCCAUCAAGCCAGAUCUUUUACAUGUUUGACAAGGUUUUAUUGCUAUGUGGAGGAAAGGUUAGACUGCAAGAGCUCAGACAUCAGAAGUUUGUUAUUUGUUUGCACUAGUAACAUUUUUGUUAUUCAGUGAUAGGAUUUAAUCAAAACAGCUACACAAUUUACAUUAUUAAUAAAAACUCGUGGAGAUUUUUCUAAUGAUGUUUAUGAAUCUUUGUUAAUUAUGGCUCAAAAAAUGUAAAUUAUAAAAUCUUAAUUUGUCUAUGGAGGUUGAAAAAUUUCACCAAUAAUCCUGGGCCCAGUUGUUCAAAGGCCGAUUAGCGCUAACCCAGGGUUAAAUUUUAAUCUAGGUUUCUAUUUUUCUCUGUUCAAAAGCUGUUUGAGGAUACCUAAUCUUCUCCAUUUAUUUUCAGAGCAUUCAAUCAAAAAAUUGAAGACAAAAAGAUUUCAGCUGAAUUUUUUUCUUCAAGCUUUCAGAUCUUAAAUCAAAUUUUAUACUAAUCCUGGGUUAUCUUAACCCAGCUUUGAACAACCCGGCCCAGGACAUUAACCAACUUGUCUGUUAUGGAGCUCAUGUAAGGAAAACAGGCUCCUUCCCCAACCUCGAUGUGAACUAUGUUGACUGUGUAGGUACGAGGUAUAAGAAUUAGUAUCCAAGCAAAUCAAGGUGUUCCUAGAUAGACAAAUGAAGUGUCUUUGAGAAGAUUGGGAUUGGAACAGUUAAUCAUUUUAGACAAAAUCCAAAAUACUUUAUACAUGUACAAGUAUUAACAAUUACUUGUACAAUUCAACAUUUUCGGGAGGGUUUUGAGUGUAUGUAGCAUUCUUACAAACAGUAUGAAUUAAUAAGUAUUGCAGCUAAAAGAGAGGCAUUUUCUUCUUCAAUUUGCUCCACAGACUUGCUUCUUUAUUUGUUUUUGUUUUUUUCAACGACAGGUUGCAUACUAUGGCAAAGCAAACAGAGUUCUUGAUUUCUUUGAGAGUAUUGGUAUGGUUUGUGAUGCACAUUUCAACCCAGCUGAUUUUAUAUGUAAGUGUAUGUUGUACCAAAUGAUUUAAAAUGGUUAAAUAAUUGUGUAGUUCUGCAUAUUAAUUUUAUUUUUAGAAGCUAUUUCCAUAUUUUUAUUUUUGAUUCAAUUGCUCUCUAUUCUCCACCAGUGGAAAAGGUGACUGAGGGAGAGAAAGUACAAGAAAGGAUUGUCCGAGGUUGGGCUGAAAGGUUGGUGAAGCUGCUUUCAUACAAGAGACAUAUUCAACAACAGAUUUCUUUUCUUGACUGUGAACUGAAUAUCUUAUAUGUGAAGUGUGGUUUAAGAAAUGAACAUGAAAACAGGUUCAAAUUCUGCACAGGCCUGAAUUUUUUCAGGUCUUAUUUCCAUUACUGCUCAAGUAGUGUUCAUCAUUGCAAAGAUCACUUUCAUAUCCAUUUCAUAAACCGCUGCUCACAUAUAUGAUUUUAAUAUAUUCACAAUCAUUUAUUCAUCACGUUAAGUGUUUUUUUCCAGCCAACAUAAUGACAGUUGGCUUGUUAGCUCAGUUGGUAGAGUACUUCACCAGUAUUGCAGAUCAAAUCUAGUACAGGUCUUAUUUUCACUACUACUCAAGUAAUGUUCACUACUGCAAAGAUUGCUUUCAUAUUCAGAUUUCUUUCACCUUGACAGUAGUUUAAUUACUUUGCAUUGAAAUGCUGUGCACCAUGCAGUUAUGAUUGAAAUAGUUGCAUAGUCCUUAAGGCAAAGAAACAAAUAUUUAUAUGUGUAACAUCAGACAGAAAAGACAUCAGAAAAACUCAACAGUGUCCAGUGAGUAUAGACCAGGAAGAACUGAUGCCUCAAGUCCUACUCCAGAGAGCAAUGACGCUGACGAGGCACAUGAUAUAGCAAGUAGAAGCUACAGAAGCUCUGAAAAGUCGCUUGAUCAGAAUGCUUAUCAGAAAGAUGGGCAACAAACAGCAAUUGAAGAAUUACCAAACACAGAAGACAUGUCUGGCCAUUUUCAUCUAGAUCUGGUGCAUGAUAAUUCUGAAGUCCUUGAAAUAGAAAGUGAGGCAUGUUCUGCAGGGAAUAGAUAUGAAGAUUUAAGAGCAGAGAUGUCACAGGCCGUCAACCAAAAUGUGCUGAACGAUUCUCCAAGGCUGGAUGGUGAAGCUAAAAUCACAUCAAAGGAAAUGCUGAACAUGAAAAAAGAAAAUAAAACAGUGAAUGGACACGUACCUUCAGGUAUUAACGAAGUGCGUUUAGAGGUUUGCGAGAGGAUUGACGGUUCAAAUCGUUUGGCCUCAAGUCCCAAAUCAUCUGUAUCGAAGACCUUUUGGAAAAGCAGGAGAGGUUCGCUCACUAAAUCUUCUGAUCUUCUCCCAAAAGUCCACACAUUAGCUCGGGUAUCCUCAGUAGAUUUUCAUGUGUCUGUUGUCACAUAUAUGCGUAGUACCUCGAAUGAUUAUUCCAGAAUAGAUAUUGAUGAUCAAGAUGAUGAAGAUGAAGAUUAUUCAUCGCCAUAUUCUGAUAUUUCCACAUCAUGGCCUACCAGUUUUUGGACACAAUUCACAGUUCUCUUGCAAAGAACUUUUAAGCAGUCCAAACCUGACAUUCUCUCCAAACUGAAUUUCACACAGGUAGGUAUGUUCCUUUGAUUCCUAAGGGUAAAAGGCCAGAAAAAAAUUGUACCCCAAGCCUACCAAACAGGCAAAAAAAAAUUUUUUGAUUUUCGAUGGAGCAGAGGCUUAAGGGCGCGGGAAGCAUUAAGAGAAAACCGGAAACUUUACACCUCUUGUUUGGCACUUGAAUCUUGUGCUUGCCUCUCACAUGGAUCCUCCCUCCUGUUACAAAGCUAAUAAAUUGAUAAUUGUAAAAUUAAACGAGAUUUAUUUGAAGUCAGGGUUUGACUGAGAUUCUACCGUAGCAUUUACAGGAAUAAGACAUGGUGGGAUGUGACCUCCUGUCCUACAAAUGGUACUGUAACAAUCUUAAUCAAACAGACAAGUCUCGUUAAUUUUACAAUUUUAUCCGGCAUUUGCAUUCAAUCAGAGUUUGCUUGUCGCCUUUUGCAGCAAUUAUCCGGCAAAUGGUUUCGGAACAUUUUGCUAAGGAGCUUAGGAAGUUGCGGGGUUUUUUUUUAUUAUUUCCCAUUUUGAGCCUUUUGACUCGUAAGCUUUUUCAGUUCCGUGAGUUUUCAUCUUCGUCCUUCUGCCCGGGUUUAUCAUGGUCGCUGACUACUUAAGCCAUGAGCAGUUAAAUUUCCUCCUUGUCGGAAACGUUUUGCUCUCACGUGGAGCUAGAGAAAUCUUUGGCGGGAAGGUCAUUUUGCGGUUUCUGACUCCGUCUUCCAGCGCCUUUACCCUACGAGGAAGGGUUUUCCUCCAAUUUAUGGACAUGAUGCCGUAGAGAUGGAAAUCUCGACGGAAGGCACGCCUGAGGUAGCAGUAAAUUUGUCUCACCAAAUUUCUAAGCCGACGAGCUCAUAUACCGAUUUUCGCAUUGAGUUCGGAUACCGCAUCCUUGCUAUCUGACGUGACCUCCGGUUGUAUGCAAAUACGUGGUAGAAUUUAAAUAAACGAAAGAAGACUUUUUCUAUAAAAUGUUAUAGCUUGUAAACAAGCCUCCAGUUGGGUUUGAAAACAUAAAAAGGAAAUGUGAAAUGAAGCAGUUGGCCAAGCUAACUGCUUCACUCGCUGAAUACUUUCAUUUUGCUUUCGAAAUGUUAUUUCUCUCCAUGAAGGAGCAAAGGAGCGCCACCGUACUUUCUUAGCCUAAUUCCAAUAUAUGUCAGACGUUUUUUUGAAAGCGCUGAACAUUUGAUUUCAUAACCUUAUUUUCAGCAUAUACUUCUUGCUUCCAUAAUGGCCCUGAUUUGGUUUCAGCUUCCCUACAAAGAACAGAGUAUUGAAGACAGAUAUGCACUGGUAUGUUAAUGUUGUUGUUAUUGUUGUCAUUCAUUGCUUAAUCUGGGAGAGGUUUUGAAUUUGAUCAUAAAGGAAAAUGUUUUGAGGAUAUAUUGAUUCCGACAAUUGUAUCUUUGUUUUCUUUUUUGGCAGCUAUUUUUUUGCGUUGUUUACUGGAACUUUACUUCCCUCUUCAGUUCACUGAUGUCGUGUGAGUAUGUUGCACUCUAUUUUUAAUGAAUAAUCAUUGUUAUCAACUCUAGUUUGACAGUUUGAUUCUCUCUGAGGCUGUUUUCUGUCAUUUAUUUACUUUUCUUUGCUAACUUUCAGUUCCUAAUGAAAGAACUGUCGUGAGGAAAGAACGAGCUGCUGGUUAUUACAGACUGUCUGCCUACUAUUUAGCCAAGUCGUUAAGCGAAUUACCGCUGAUCUUAUGUUACCCGACUCUGUUCAUGAUCAUUGUGUAUUGGAUGGCGGGACUAAACAAGAGCGAGGCUUUCCUUGGUACACUCUCUGUGGUUUUGUUAACGGCCAUCACAGGGCAGGUGAGACGUUUUUCUGGUUCUGUGUGCAUGAUCAUGAGUGGUGUAAUUACUAAACAAUUAAUGCCCCUUGGAAUAGUCUGCAUGUUCAUUCAAAUACAGUGCCCAGCCCAGUCUAAACGGGUUUAUCUUUCACGGUAUCUGGCGGAAUAAUUUAGCAGCCUAAAAAGAGUACUGAGGUUAUCUGCGGAUUGACUGGCAUCCCGUCAAGAUGAAGGAAUAGUAAUACUUCUAGCUGUAAAAUUAUGCUAGCUAUAAAGUGUAGGGAAAUUGCGGUACACCUCUGCAGUACAGGCUCCACUCUCGUUUUAGACCUUUAGCUGGUAAUGCUCAAGUGAGUUACACGUAGCUUACACGUGUUUCUCUCUGUACUUUCCUAAGUCAUGCGUUUGAAACUAUAAUUGUCUUACUGGCAUAGGGUUAGAGUUAAAUCAUUAUUACGACCCGCUAUGAAAAUCACAACAUAAAAAAGUAAAAUUAGACAAAUGUCUAUCAUUCUUAAUAACAAAGGAUUACACUGUCUAACUUUCAGUUCUCUUUCGCUCGUUUAUUUUAAGUUUACUUUCUUUCUUACUUAUUUUGUAAUGAUUCCGUGCAGUUGAUGCCGCUUUGCUGUUCAGUCUGUAGGUUUGUGUAUCGGUGCAACAGUAAUGGAGUUCAAGAAGUCAAUAGUAGUCGCUGCUGUUUAUGGCCUGAGUUGUAUGUUGCUGGGGGGAUUUUACCAGAAAAACAUACCGUCUUGGCUAUCCUGGUUCCAGUACACUGCUUACAUAGCUUAUUCGUAUGAAGCAGCCCUUAGCAUUGAAUUCAGCACUUCUCCCACAUUUAGGUAAGUUAUUGCACUUUGUUUUCAGUGUUUCUCUAUGGUUACCGUAGUAACACCACAGGUUCUUUGAAAAACCCUGUAUGUGUCUAUAACCUUAAAAAACGAGUUUGGUAAUCUCGUUUUUUUAUUUUUGAAUUGUGAUUAAUAUAUCAAUAUUUAUCUUUCUGUGGUUAGAUGCAAUACUUUUUUUGGAAUCAACCGGCGCUAAGUCAGUGUGUGAAGUCGGUGUCGUUGUUAUCUUAAAAAAAUCUUUCUUACCAUAUGCAGAUGCCAAGGGGAAGACUCAUCAUAUGCUGGGUGCAGAAACAAUGGAACCACUAUAGAAGGAAUAGAAAUUUUGGAAAAACUGAACGUUUCCAGAGGUGUAGGCGAGAAUGUAGGCGCGCUUUUGGUGUUUAUAGUGGUUUUCAGGAUUUUGACAUAUCUUUCUCUGCGCUAUCUUCACAAGCCGAAAUGACGAGAAAGUAUUUAAGUGUGACUUGGUUAGCCGACGGGUCAAUCUGUGGUUACGUAGUGUUGUCUAAUUGAAGCUGGGGAUGCCUAUUGGGAACUUGCAUCAACAGAAAAGUGGAGUAAUUAAAUGAGCUUCUCGUUAAUGUAGAGAUAGAUAAUGCAAGUUUAAUAUCCAAAACUUAAAGAAAAUAUCAUCACAAUAAUGACUUGAGAAA